UCUGAAUCUCGACAGCUACAAGCUGCACUGCGUUUCGCGUACGUGCGGACUCGUAUCGAGUAUGGAGUAAUUGUCGAACAUAUCGAACCGAUCGUUUAAAAGAUAGGAAUUUUACCAACUGUUCGAUGCACGAUCACAACGUUAAGGAGAUAAAACGUGAGGUUGGCUGGUAUCGUCCGAGGUGACGAGAAAGAAAGGAGAGAGAGAGAGAGAGAGAGAGAGUGCGUGUGUGUGUGUGUAAGAUUCGUUAAGCGUACAUGACGCAAAGCGUACGUACGCUCUCGAUUACGGUUCUCUCGUAGCGGCAGGGAAAAGCGCCGCGUAGCUUGCCGGCGAGAAUGGCGAGAAUGUAACUGAAUAUCUGGAUCCGAAUGUUUUCAUGAACGAGUGACCCAUGAUGAACCUCACCACGGGCAAUCCGCAUAGUAACGGCCUGCUUUACGCUGGCUUUAAUCAAGACCAAGGAUGCUUCGCUUGCGGUAUGGAGAACGGCUUCAGAGUGUACAAUUGCGAUCCACUGAAGGAAAAAGAGAGACACGAUUUCAGUGAUGGAGGUCUUGGAUACGUAGAGAUGCUCUUCAGGUGUAAUUACUUAGCAUUGGUUGGCGGCGGAGCAAAGCCGAUGUAUCCGACAAAUAGAGUCAUGAUAUGGGAUGAUUUAAAAAAAUCUCCAGCAAUCACCUUGGAGUUUAAUGCACCUGUAAAAGGAGUGAAAUUGCGGAGGGACAGAAUAGUGGUGGUAUUGGAAGGCGUUAUAAAGGUUUACACGUUUACGCAGAAUCCACAGCAAUUGCACGUGUUUGAAACUAAUCCUAAUCCACGAGGAUUGUGCGUUCUGUGCCCAAAUAGUAAUAAUUCUUUACUCGCUUUUCCUGGGCGAAAGAACGGCCACGUUCAAGUUAUAGAUUUGGCCAAUACGGAGAAGCAACCCUUGAAUAUAGAGGCACACGAAACGCCUUUAUCUUGUAUAGCUUUAAACCUACAGGGCACUAGACUGGCCACUGCCUCGGAGAAGGGUACUUUGAUAAGGGUGUUUGAUACGCAAAGCGGCAGCAUGAUCAACGAAUUGAGAAGAGGGGCAAAUCAUGCAAAUAUCUAUUGCAUAAAUUUCAAUCACGAUUCCACGUGGUUGUGCGUCGCCAGCGAUCACGGGACUGUACACGUGUUCGCCGUCGAGGAUCAAAAGUUAAAUCGUCAAUCUAGUUUAGCGUCCGCUACGUUCCUGCCAAAGUACUUUAGCUCGAGUUGGAGCUUCUGCAAGUUUCAAGUGCCAGGCGGUCCGCAGUGCAUGUGCGCGUUUGGUCAGGAUAACAAUAGCAUCAUAGUGAUAUGCGCGGACGGUAGUUACUACAAAUUCGUAUUCAACAACAAAGGUGAAUGCACGAGAGACUUUUACGCGCAGUUUCUUGAAAUGACGGACGACAAAGCGUGAUCGAAGAACGUGACGACGGUAGACUCGACCGAUCAGAGAGGGAGAGAGACUGCUUUCGUGGUUCUUUGUUGUUUUCACGUAUGUCCGAUAAGAUCGAGAGGUGCGGAGAGAGAUACGUUGCAGGUAUACGUACAAUAUAUAAGACUUCCAACAUGCGGGCUGUUUAGAUAGAAAUGUUGUCCGCACCACCGGACGAUAUAAUAGAGGACCAAAUGAAGAGUUUUAUUCAUUGUUGCUAAUACCUGAUCGUUGAUUGUGCGUGUUGUAUGUGCGCGGCUUUUUGAAGAAAGAAAUAAUAGGAGAAAGAUUAUUUCAACCAAGCUUGAAAAGCGCAUCAGCAGAGACUGUGUCAUAAACUUGUUACACACGAGCCUACUCGCUGGCACCUAGUAAUAGAAGAUUGAGUUUUUAAUAACAACAAACGGAACAAAUACCUCGGGUAACACCUGGAAGACAACCAGGUGCGAAUUACUUGUUGGUACGAUACUCACGUUUUCUUACAUAAGGAUGCUGCUGCAGCUAGUUUGAAAGCCAUAAUGUCAUUAUGGCAGAAAGCGAAUAAUCAUUUCCCGUAGAUUUACAAUGAAAGCUUCACAAUGCAAUCAUGUAUCAUCCCUAUUGAUCAUAUGUUUUGUAGUUCCAAUUUUCGUUUUUUCGGAAUUUCGUUACGUAAAUGCGUUAUAUCCAAGUUACAUACAUACACGAUAUGUAGGUACGUAUUAUACAUGUGUGUAUACGUAUAGCACUUGGCAGUUUCCGGAGAUUCGACAAUUGUGCGUAUUUUUUUCAUAGUGGAAUCACGUAUAUCACAUCAUACACGUAUGUACGUCGUAAGAGUAUUGUAAUUUUUAUUUUCAUGUUUUUCCAUACAUUUAAUAUGCAUAUACGCAAGUGAUGCUACACUUUAUAUCGGGAUAUUGCCGCAAGUAACAAGAAUUGUAAUUCACAAAAGAAACUUGAGUUGGACGACAGAUACGAAAUAAAAGUAAUGAUGUCACGA